GGGGAGAGAGGGCUGGCAUUGAGUGGCGGACAGAAGGCUAGGCUGAGUCUGGCCCGGGCUCUGUACCACUCGGCAGACAUCUAUCUACUGGACGACCCCUUGAGUGCUGUCGACACACAUGUCGCCAAACAUAUCUACCAGAAAUGUUGUAUUGAGUACCUGAAAGACAAGGCGACUAUUUUAGUCACACAUCAAAUCCAGUUUCUCAAAGACGCGCAUCAAAUACUUGUGCUCAACGACGGCGAGUGUGUGGCCAUCGGGUCCUACCAUCAGCUCAAAGAGCGCGGCAUUGAUCUCAUGGCAUAUCAGAGACAAACAGAUGCAUCAAAUGAUAGCAAAGCUAUGAAAAGGAAGACAUCUCUCACGUCAUCGAUUGCCUCAUCCCGUAGUGAAGAAUCGGAAGUGACGGACGUUAGGGAACCGAUAGAAGCGGACGAACAGGAAGUUAAGGCCGAACUCAAAAUGAUUGGAACCAUUGAGUCCAGUGUUUAUAUGGAGUACAUUAAGGCCGGCGCCGGACCUCUGCUCAUAACACUUACCAUAUUGUUUAUAAUUACUUCACAAAUCCUUAAUCAGGAGAGUGUUUAUUGGUUGAGCUUAUGGACUAAUGAAAUGAGCAAAAAACCCAAUGAAGUGAAUCAGACAUUCAACUUAAUAGUCUACACGAGUCUAACCUGUGGUCUGUUUGUGUCCACUCUGUUGUCCACCAUUUGUUUCUACAUAAUGUGUAUGAGAUCUUCGGUUAAUCUCUAUAACCGAAUAUUCUAUGCAUUAUUGCGAUCACCGAUACAUCUGUUCGAGAGUUCACCCAUUGGUAACACUCUUAAUUGUCGCUAUUUCUACAUAAUGUGUAUGAGAUCUUCGGUUAAUCUCUAUAACCGAAUAUUCUAUGCAUUAUUGCGAUCACCGAUACAUCUGUUCGAGAGUUCACCCAUUGGGUUGAUUUGUCGCUAUUUCUACAUCAGAGCCGCGAGGGAUAUCAAACGUAUGGAAGCCCGGAGUCCGGUGUACUCUCACGUGAACACAACGCUGUGUGGGCUGACAUCGAUCCGUGCGUUUGGCGCACAGCAUAUGUUUGAGCGUCAGUUUGAAGUCCACCAAAACGACAACACCUCUACUUUUUUCCUAUUCAUCUGCACUUCCAGAGCACUCGGAGUCAUAGCUGACACCAUUUGCAUCGCAUAUCUCAUUGCUAUUAUUGCGUAUAUUAUGACCAAUAGUGACGCCUUAUCGUUGACUUUUUUGGUUCAAUGGUCUAUUAAAUUAUCGGCCACUACCGAGUCCUAUAUGAUUUCUGUUGAGCGAGUGCUCGAAUACACGGCUAUUAAACCCGAGGCAGAGCUCGAGUCCACUCCCGAUCUGAAACCACCCAAAGAUUGGCCACAAAUGGGAGAAAUAGUGUUCAAAGAUAUG